AUGUACGGCCCAAAUCAUCAGCAGGGACAUAACUCGCGCCUAAAUGGCGUCGCCGGCGGGCGAGCAAUGCCCCAGAUGCUUUACAAUACCUACGUUCAGCCGCAGGGGGCACAUCAACAUCAUACCCAUCCCCAGCACCACCAGAAUCUGCAGCAAGAUCACGCUACCCAUAAUACAACACCAGGCUCAAUUAAUCACUCUGGAUUUUCUGCCAGCCUUGGGCCGAAUGUCAGCCCUUUCACCCCCAGUAACCACCAGAAUGGUACAACGGCCACUACUCGCAGCACCCAGGGCCAACAGCAAUAUUCCGAGCAUUGGACAGAGCAGAUGAAGGCAUACAAAGCGUCUGAGCAGGCGCAUACGACUAUGACUGAACAACAUCAGCAACACUACUAUGCAAGAACCAAAGCAUCGGAGAAUAAAGGCAUUGGUCCACUUACUAACACUAAUCCAAAUGAUACAGUUGACGGCGAAUUGGAGGAUAGGGGCCGGCCUGUAAACUUCGACAAGGUUCUAGACAGACAGGAUUGGCAAAUGAUUGAUAUGAGUGGUCAGGGACUCAAAAAUGUUUCUGCGCCUCUCUUUGACCAAUACCAGUUUCUUACCGAGGUUUACCUCUCUUCGAACCAGUUGACAUCACUCCCUCCCGCAAUAGGACAGCUACGUUCUUUACGUUUACUUGAUGUGUCUCACAAUCAGCUCACCUACUUGCCGCCUGAGUUGGGAAUGUGUACACCCUUGCGCCAACUGUUGCUUUUCAACAACUCGAUUCGAGAUAUACCCUACGAAUUAGGUGCUCUUCAUUUUCUGGAAUUAUUGGGCAUACAUGGGAAUCCAUUGGAUAACGAUGUAAAGACGAAGAUCAUGGAGGAUGGUACUAAAGAAUUCCUGAACUACUUGAAGGAAACUGCUCCUGUGCCUGCACCUCCCCUUGCACGUGUGCCGAUUACAAUCCAGGAGGACGUAAGUCCUGACAAGGAACGUAUUCGAGUUAUGUCAUGGAAUAUACUAUGCGACAAGUAUACUUCGGGCGUUCUGUACGGGUACACACCAGCAAGUUGUCUGUUAUGGGAGUAUCGCCGAGACAAUAUAAUGAAAGAGUUCCAUGACAGUGAUGCUGACAUCAUCUGCCUGCAAGAGACUGCUACGGAUGCAUUCGAGCACUUCUUCAGUCCUGAAUUAGGUAAGAAGGGUUAUAGGGGCGUCUUCUAUCCCAAGACUCGUCAUAAACACUUGACAGGCAAGGAUAAAGAAGCUGUGGAUGGAUGUUCCAUCUUUUAUAAAAGUGACAAGUACAUCUUGCUCGACAAACAACUCAUUGACUUCCGGCAAACAGCCAUCAACCGGCCGGAUUUCAAGACGGCAGAAGAUGUCUUCAAUCGAGUUAUGCCCAAGGACACCAUUGCUGUGUACUGCUUCUUCGAGUCGCGAUUUACAGGGAAUCGCUUUGUUGUUGUCAAUGCUCAUCUCUGUUGGGAACAUUUUCUACCAGAUGUCAAGGCAGUACAGACUGGUAUCCUAAUGGAGUUAGUCACUAAGCAGGCCGAACGCUACACUCGACGUCCGCCGAUACCGAUUGAAGAGAAACAACUUACCAAGUCUGUUGUAGAGGACGGCCAGGCUGACGCCUUCCCCGAGCCUUUACCUAGUCAAGAGUAUCGUAGUAACACAGACAUUCCAUUGCUGGUAUGUGGUGAUUAUAACUCGAUGCCGGGUAGUUCGGUCUAUGAACUUCUAGAGAAGGGUCGCAUACCACCGGACCACGCGGAUCUCAGGGGCCACUCCUAUGGAAACUUCACACGAGACGGCAUUGAACACCCUUUUAGUUUGAGGAAUUCAUACGCACAUCUUAUGGGCACGCCAGAUGAAUUAACGUUCACCAAUUACACACCGUCGUUCUCGGGUGUUCUUGAUUACAUAUGGUAUUCGACCAACACUCUGGAUGUAGUGGAGCUUCUCGGACCCCCAGAUGCCGAGUACUUGAAGCGUGUACCUGGAUUUCCCAACCAUCAUUUCCCUGCGGACCAUAUUCACCUAAUGGGAGAGUUUGUCUUCAAAACCAAGAAGGAGAAGAAAGCACUAGCGGAUCAAAAGGGUUGA